AUGCCCACAUUCCGAGCUCCACGUUUUACAAUCCCUCAGGGAUUUUCUACAGUUUUGCACAACGAAGCAGUUCCCCCGACGGAAAAUCCGGGCAGAACGUGCGUUCAGCAGAACGAGUCAAACCAGAGGAUCCGGGAUAUUGGACAGUUGCCAGAUAAGCAGUUCCCGGCUGCUUACGCAGGAGUUGGAGCGGCUUCAAAUCCGUAUGGCAUCCACGGCGUUGGACCCACGGAUAAUUCACAACCGCAGCAGGCCCCAAAUUCCUGGGCCUAUCCUGCUGCUGGGUUGAUCAGCGCACAACAAAUCGCAGCGAGACAGGUGGUGUCGAGGGACCUACCCAAAUUCUCCGGAGAUCCCUUAGAGUGGCCAAUGUUCGUCAAUGCUUUCGAGUCUACCACGCGGAUGUGUGGUAUCCAGCCUGACGAAAAUCUAGUCCGUCUGCAGAGAGCCCUCAUCGGCAAUGCCAGGGAAAAGGUUCUCAGUAUACUGACAAUUCCGUCCGCCGUACCGCAAAUAAUUACGACCCUUCGGGAUGAAUGCGGAAGACCGGACCAGUUGGUCAACUGCUUACUGACCAGAGUCCGAACAGCAACGCAACCAAAUGCCAACAAGCUUGGAACGCUUGUCACAUUCGGUCGAGAAGUCCGGAACCUGGUGGCGUUUAUGGAAGCAGCACAACUACAUUCUUACCUCUCAAGCCCUAUCCUACUUACGGAGAUGGUAAGCAAGCUCCCACCAUGUUUGCAGUUACAGUGGGGCCAUUACUUGAUGAGCGUUCCGGUACCAAACCUAGAAGCGUUUUGCAACUUUAUUUCGACGAUCCGGACAGCAGCUUUUAACGUUUCGACAGCGACGGAAUCCUCCAUAGAAGUGUCGGCGAAAAGGGAAAAGCGGAAGGAAAAAGUAGGAGGCUUUUUGAACGCCCAUCAGGAAGUUACAGUGAAACCAGAAAAUCCGAAACCCUGCCUCGCCUGUGACAGCGUGGGGCACAAGAUUCGAGAGUGCGAUAGGUUUCGCAAGCUUUCUGUCAGCGAAAGAUGGAAAAAAGUCGAGCGAAAGAAAAUGUGUCGAAGAUGCCUAUUUCCCCACGGCAAGUUGCCCUGCCGCACAAAGUAUCCUUGUGGAGUAGACGGUUGCUCCGAGGCACAUCAUAAACUGCUUCAUUCUACUAAAAGGUCGGACCUAUCGGAGGCACAAUCGGGAACCUCAGGAACUGUAUCAACACAUCGACAUUCUCAAGACAAAACGCUAUUCAAAAUCCUUCCCGUGAGACUAUUUGGAAACGGGAAAUCUGUAGCGGCGUUUGCGUUCCUGGAUGACGGUUCCGAUCUAACGUUAAUCGAGAACGAAGCGGCAGAAGAACUUGGCCUCGAAGGCACGGAGAGUCCACUAUGCCUUGAGUGGACCAACAAUGUAACCAGAAACGAAAAUUCCUCCCGUCGUGUCAAUCUAGCCAUCGCAAAGAUUAACGGAGGAGAAAAGCAUCUGCUGACAGCUGUCCGAACAGUCAGAAAUCUGGGUCUACCGAAGCAGACAAUCAACUAUCCCGAUUUGGUCAAGCUCUAUCCGCACCUUCGAGGACUGCCAGUCGAAAGUUACAACGAAGCAACCCCUAGCAUUCUGAUCGGGGUGGACCAUGCUCGCUUGACCCGCUUAGGCUGGGUAGUUUUUGGUGGCAGAGGUUUAACAGCAGAACAGUCUCGAGCCAGAGUGAACGUUUGCAGUUGUGCUCCGGAUGAACACCUUGAGGACAUUGUCCGAGAAUUCGUCUCUAGCGACACCAUCGGCAUUCAAGGGCAACUUCCACCGGAAUGCGAAGAGGACAUGCGAGCGAGGAAGAUUUUGGAGGAAACCACGGUACGAACUGCUUCCGGUCGAAUUCAAACCGGAUUGUUGUGGCGAUCGGACUGCGUCAAGCUGCCAAACAGUUACCAUAUGGCGAAAAAACGAAAUGAUUGUUUGGAGAGGCGGUUGGCAAAAGAUCCAGAGCUGAAAGCGAACAUCACGAAGCAGAUUCCCGAGUACCAACAACGUGGGUACGCGCACAUAGCAACCGAACAAGAGCUCCGAUCAUCCAACCCAGACCGAACGUGGUAUUUGCCCAUAGGAGUAGUUCGACACCCACGUAAACCUGGAAAAGUCCGGGUAAUUUGGGACGCGGCAGCUCGGGUGGAUGGCGUGUCACUGAACUCUGCCCUCCUCAAAGGUCCAGACCUACUGACACCGUUAUUGUCUGUGCUAUUCCGCUUUCGUGAGAAACAGUUUGCUGUUGCCGGAGACAUCACACAGAUGUUUCACCAGCUGUUGAUCUGUCCAGAAGAUCGGCAGGCUCAAAGGUUCCUGUGGCGUUCAAGUCCUGAAGCAGAACCAGAGGUGUACGUCAUAGACGUGGCGACGUUCGGAGCAACCUGCUCCCCCUGCUCGGCGCAGUAUGCGAAAAAUCUCAACGCCAGAGAACACCAGGAGAAGUAUCCUGAUGCAUCGGAAGCAAUCAUCAACGAAACAUACGUCGACGAUUUUUUCGACAGUCGAGAUACGGUAGCCGAGGUGGUCAAAUUAGCACAGGAGGUAUCGAUCGUGAACCGAGCAGCGUGUUUUGAAAUACCGUCGUGGCAAUCCAACUCCCAUGAAGUUCUUCGGCAGCUAGGCGGUGAGUUGGUCGAAUCUGAUAAGUGUUUUUCGGCAGUACAAACUGCAUCGUCGACCGACCGAGUGCUCGGUAUUGUAUGGAAGUCCCACGAAGAUAUUUUUGUAUUUGAUGCCCAAUUUCGAGAAGACUUGAAAAAAACCUGUAUGUGGUGCCGCACGUUCCAAAGAUGGCUCCGUUACCGCAUCCUCGAGUGA